AUGGACUUUCGAUGUAAAGUGCUAGGGAGAUCGCGGGAUCCGUCCAGGUGGAAUUCCCAAGACGUCUCCGGAGGAGCGGCUUCCCACGCCCCGCUCUGCACGCGGAGCCGCGGCGGACCCGGAAGUGACCAAGCUCACUCCUGGAUGCUAGUCACCAGCCAAGCUUUAGGUACUGUGUGGAGAAUAGCAAAGGGGUCAGUGAUGUUGGCAGCUUCAUGUCUGGUGGCCGCCCUCUGCUACUUCAGGAGGAUGCACUGCAAUUUCGGGCACUGGCUGAAAUGGUGGAUUGGAUAUCUGCAGAGAAAAUUCAAAAGGAACCUCAGCGUGGAGGCGGAGGUUGAUCUGCUCAGUUACUGUGCGAGAGAGUGGAAAGGAGAGACACCACGUGCCAAGCUGAUGAGGAAGGCUUACGAAGAGCUAUUUUGGCGGCAUCACAUUAAAUGUGUCCGACUAGUAAAGAGAGAUAACUAUGAUGCUCUGAGGUCAGUGCUGUUCCAGAUAUUCAGCCAGGGCCUCUCCUUUCCAUCCUGGAUGAAAGAGAAAGACAUUGUUAAGCUUCCUGAAAAACUGCUCUUUUCACAAGGUUGUAAUUGGAUCCAGCAAUACAGUUUUGGUCCUGAGAAGUAUACAGGUUCCAAUGUGUUUGGAAAAUUACGUAAAUGUGUGGAAUUAUUGAAAACACAGUGGACUGAAUUUAGUGGAAUUAAAGAUUAUCACAAGAGAGGAAGUAUGUGCAACAUCCUUUUUUCUGAUGUUCUUCUGGAAUAUAAACUGUAUGAAGCUUUAAAGUUUAUCAUGCUAUAUCAAGUCACUGAAGUUUAUGAACAAAUGAAGACUAACAAGGUCAUUCCCAGUCUUUUUCAACUCCUGUUUUCCCGGGAAACAUCAUCUGACCCUUUAAGCUUCAUGAUGAACCACCUGAAUUCUGUGGGCGACACAUGUGGACUAGAGCAGAUCGAUAUGUUUAUUCUUGGGUACUCCCUUGAAAUAAAGAUCAAAGUGUUCAGACUGUUCAAGUUUAACUCCAGAGACUUCGAGGUCUGCUACCCAGACUUGCUGCCCAGGGAGUGGCCAGAGAUCUCCCUGCUGACGGAGAAUGACCGCCACUACCACGUUCCCGUCUUUUGAGUCCAGUGUGGACCGGGUACCAGCUCUCGCCAAUGGCAGUGGUCCUACUUUCAAGGAAGGUCCAGCUGGAAAACCAAAGCUAGCAUCACAGCCAUUGAAAGGCUCAGGACCUUCUUCUCUGGAGGGGCAGGUGCACUGGACGCAGGGGUGCACGGAUAUCCUUCGUUUUCCAGCAGUUUCCUCCAAACCAGCCUCACUAAUAUAUUUGUGGGUUGGUGGUUUGACCUUGUUCAUAUGGGCUCUGGCCAUUUCACAUGCAGCAGGCAUUUCAGGGCACAAGGACAGUAAAUUUGGGCAGUACAACACCAGGAAAAAAUCGAGAGGAAAAGGGGAAAAGGACUAACCAGGAAAGACUUUGUCUCUAACCUCAAUGUUCUCGUUAGGAACCUUGUCUUUGACUGAUUCUGGAUCUUCAUAAGCGUGGCCUUAUUUUAGAAGCAUUACCUUCCCUGGAAUCUUUAUGGUAUAUUGAUUUUUCUAGAACCACUUGAUUAACUGUAAAAUUGUGUGUGUGGGUGUACACACAUAUACACGUGUAUACAUUGUAUAGUUUUAUAUAUACAUAUAUGAACACAUACACACAAAUAAUCACUACUUUGUAAUGUUGUACAGUUUGUUUUAUACUGCUUUACAUUUUUUUGUUACUGUUGCAUCUGGCUGGUCCGAUUUGUUUUAUAUGGAUAAAAGAGAUUAAUUCUGUAGAUGAAGGCAAUUGAAUGACAAUUAUUGAACUGUUACAAAACAUUGAACUGUGGUGUAUUUAUUUACAUGUGUAUUUAAUGUGUGGUAGCUAGAAUCACGCCACCCUAACCCCUACCAUGUCUAUGUCAUAAUCUCCAGAACCCGUGAAUAUGUUGGGUUAAAUGGCAAAGAAGAAUAAUGUUGCAGGUGGAAUUAAGGUACUAAUCUGACCUGGAAAUAGGGAGGUUAUUCUGGGUUCUCCAGGUGGGCCCAGUAUAAUCCCCAGGGUCCUUAAAAGGGGACGAGGGAAUUGGAAGAAUGUCAGGGCCAAAGGGAAAUGUAAAAUCCAGAACGGAGAGAGACACAACAUUUCUGGCUUUGAAGAUGGAGGAGGGAACCAUGACCGAAGGAAUAGGGGUGGCCUCUGAAAGCUGAAAAGGCAAGAAAACAGAGUCUUCCCUAGAGCCUCCAGAUUUUAGCCCAGGGCAAUCCGUGUCAGAUUGCUAGCCUACAGAACUGUAAGAUAAUGCAUUUGUGUGGUUUAAGUCACUAGGUUUCUGGUAAUGUGUUAGAACAACAAUUGACAACUAACGUACUCAAGGUAACUAAUUUUUGGUCAUCUUUAUUUUGGAAAUACUUUUCUAGUUUAUUUUGUUAAUCUUUAUUUUGAAGGUACUUUGCUGGUCUGUUUUGAAUUUCAGUAAGUACAAAAUAACUUUUAAAACCUUGGCCAGUGAUAUACUACUUCAAAGGGACAAAUCCAUUCUAAGAGUGAUUUACUUAACAUUUUUUAUGCUAACGUUUUCUCCCAUUUUCAUACUGUUUCCACUAUAAGUAAAAUAAGGGACAUUAAAUGCUGUGGUAUAUAAAAAUAACAUCCUGAUUCUUUGGUACUGAGGAUAAUCAGUACGUCCAAUGGUACGUUGUCCUCUACCUGCUGUCAUUUCGUUUUCUGGUUGAAGAGUUGGAAAGCAGUCAGCUCAGACCAAGGGGCUUUGUGUUACCUUGAUAGCCCCACGAAACGGGAGUUCUUUUCUUUUUUUGAAAAAGGAGUUCUUCAUUGAUCUUUAUAGUGCAUUCCUGCUUGGAAGCGUCUAUGAUUUUGCAUAACUCCUGUCAUUUCAUUGACCCUGUCGAAAGUUAUCCCCAUGAUCUAUUACUGGGACCAAGAAAAAAUGAACUCCACCCUUUGUGUUCACAAGCAGACGCGAUGACAGACUGCAGCAGGCUACUGUGAUAUUCGUGGACGGUCUGAUCUAGACUUACGCUUCCAGUCGGGCUGUCCAGGCACCUACAUGGCAUUUGUAAAUUACCACUCACCUUGCAUCUCCUUACCCGAUGUAAUGAUUUCCACAUCAGCCCAGGAUUGAGAGGAAGAGCUUUUCCCAGGCAUGGGCAGCCUAUAGCUCUGUGACCUAUUAAUCAAUUAUGUUUAUCCAUAACCUUGUGUUGGGGGGAGGCAGGGCAGGGUGGAGUGAGACCAAAUUGUGAAAAAAAGGACAUUUUGUUACAAGGAAAGUAAAAAAUUAAGAUCUCUAAAUAGUUGCUAUGUUCUGGGAAGCCAUCCAAACAAGAUUUUAAGGGAGGAGGUACUGGGUGUUUUUGGUCUUGUUUUGCUUUUAAUUCAGUUGUGUAACGAAUAACAAACUAAUUGGAAGGAAGUGUAUAUAAAUUUUGCACCACUUUUAAAGGCCAACAGUAACUUGGAGGUGAAUUUCCUGUGUGAUGCCAACAUUUAAUGUCUUUCUAACCUUAUAUGUUUUAAAUGAUGAGAAAAUUAUAGCAAAAAUGCAAACAUA